AUGUACGAGGAGAUGGGCCCCGGCGGGGCUGCUGCCCCACCCCCGCCUGCAGGAGGAGCAGGAGGAGCACCUGCCACGAAACCACUGGGCGGCGACGACGACGUGAACCUUGAGUCGCGCUCAAUGAAGAACCCCACUGUGGGCGGUCAAUCGCCGGGCACUGACGACGGAGGGGGAUCCGGCAGCACCAAGAAGAAAAAGAAGCCCGUCUCGGAGCUACCAGAAGCCCGGGCCAUUCCAGAGGACGACGGAAAGAACGUGUGCAGAACGAUCCUUGUCAUCUUCCUCGUGGCCUGGGCGUGCGGCGGCGGUCUGCUGGGCGGCGUCUACCUGGUCGUCCACUUGAAGCACGCCGAGGCGUUCGGC